GUCCAGAAUGCAAGGGACACGGCCCACUUCAGCAUGUCAACCAUUAUUGGAUCUCCUGGGAAGGCCGAUACCAUGAAGAAAUGGCGUCAGUGCAACAGGGCGACAUGCUGAUGGGCUACAAGGGCAGCGCCAAGCUCAAGGGCAAGGUGUGCAUCGUCACAGGCGCGGACCGGGGUGCGGGCCGCUACGCCGCCGCCCAUUUCGCGCGGGAGGGCGCGGCGGCGGUGGUGGUGGUGGGCCCGGCCGGGUCGGGGCGGCAGGCGGGCGCGGAGGACACCAAGGCUCUGGUCAUCAAGGAGGGCACCGCCUGCCUGGUCCUGACGGGUGACGUGGGUGACAGCGCCUUCUGCAAUUCAGUGGUGGAGGCAGCGAUCAAGGAGUACGGCCGUAUCGAUGUGCUGGUCAACAACGCUGCCGAGCCCUGCCCGGUGACUGACAUCACCCAGAUGGACCCAGAGGCCAUGCGGAAGGCAUUCAAGACAAACAUCUACUCCCAGAUCUACAUGUGCCGCGCCGCCUGGCCGCACCUGAAGCGCGGCUCCUCCAUCAUCAACGCAUCCAGCCUGCCCACCGCCAGUGCGGGCGGCGACUCCCUGCUGCUGGACGGCGCCGCCACCGCCGGCGCCGUCACCUCCUUCAGCCGGGCGCUGCACAUGAGCGCGGUCAGCAGCGGCAUCCGUGUAAACGCCGUGACUCCCGGCCCCGUGCUGACGCCCGUGGGCGCUGCCCCAGCCGCCGCCGGCGCCAAGCAAGAGGUGGACAGCGAGGCCGCCGCCGUGUCGAGCGGCCCCUGCUACGUGUUCCUGGCGGGAGAGGACUCCUCGUACAUCAGCGGCCAGGUGCUGCACACCGCAGGCGGCGGCCACGUGGGUGGCGGCGUGGCCGGAGGCCGCAUGAUGAUGAGCGUGGGCGCCUGAGGAUGCCGCCAUCGCUGAUGAGCGAGGAUGUUGAUGACCCUUCUCCCCGCCGGCUUUGCUCCGCGUGCUCGCGCUUCCAUGAAGCGGCGCCGGCGGCUGUUUGUGUGCCUGAAUCGGUGAGGGGCAUGCAGUGCCACUGAUGUCGAGAUAUGCUAGAUUAGCCACAGUGAUGUUCAUAUUGCUGUGGCCAGAGGGUUGAUUGAUUGGUGGGCGCACUGGGCCCGAUCUAAGUGCAAUUGCCUUGAGUUGCCUGCGUUUAUUGCUGCAGCAAUAAGUAAAGCGUUGCAUGGAAGUUCACAUCAAUCGGUUAGGCGCGUGUGGCGGGCCACGGGCGAAUUGCGCUGCUACACGUAUAGUUGCAGGGGCGCCGGCCGCACCGUAGCAAGGUCGGGGGGUGUUGUACUGUUUCUGACGUGUUACUGAGCAUGCGUUAAUGUAACACGUGUUACUGUUUGUAACAGCACCACCGU